CGCAUGCCGACAGCUCCGCCGCCAGCACCGCCUAUUUCUGUAGUCCCUCGUCCAGCUCUUGUCGCUCGGAAUGCCUAUCAGUCGACAGCUACACCGGCUGAUCUUUCUUGUAUUGAUCCAGCCCUUCUUAGGCCUACAGCUGCAUCUACGGCAGCAUCUACGGCAGCGCAUACAGCAGCCGCAUACAGCAGCGCAUACAGCAGCGCAUACAGCAACACCUGCAGCUAAGAAGCGCGGCCGGCCGCCUGGUGCGAAGGAUAAGGUACCACGGAAAAAGAGGCAGGAGCUCGGAGGCAAGACAGUGCUCAGCCUCAACCUCAGGUGGAACAAGAGGAUGACCGUGCAGACAUCCUACGACAGAUUGCAGCUCUACAAGCACGUCUAGAAGGGUCUCAGCGUCCAGCAGGUGUUAAGGGGGGCACUGCUGAGUUAUUAAGCCGGCCGCCAAGCCGUAGAAAC